AAGAGCUUAAGAGUCACCUCGACACCAUCUGAUUUACGUACCUUGUCUUGAGCCUCAAUUUUGGGGGAGUUUGUGUUUCCCCGCGCUCCAGUUUCCUCCAGAAAUAGCAUUAUAACUACUUCAAAGGUCAUUUUGCCAACACGUCGAACUCAUUGUCCCUUUCUAGGAUCAUGGAGUGCAAAGGAAUUGAAGCCAUUGAUUGUCUCUGUCUUCAAUCCGACCGUGAACUGGUGUCACUCACACUCUGCGUAGUAAACCCAUCAAUGGUGCCCACGUCGUUGGCAACCAAGACACCCUCACCUCCAAUUGGUCGCGCUGCCUGCAAUUAUGCCGACUGUCUUCGGCUUCGUCCGAGGCGUGUAUCAUUCUGCUAUGAUGGCAUGCUGAUGGACAUGGUUCUCUGCAUGCACUGAAGCCAUGCAAGUCUGCACUGCAUUCCCAGUGAAUUCAGUGUGUUAUCGUUCAUCACGUUGGUGAUGUGUUUGAAGGGUGAUGACGAAUGGGAAGCAUCGUUGACCGAUGGAUGGUUCAUAUAGAUUGUCGACGGGCCGGUCCUUUGAGAGAGGGUGUUCGUGCUGACGCUCGAACUUGGCGUGUUGAGUUAAGGUUAAGAAGCUCGAGUUUCCGGUUUCUCUUUGUUCUUCACCGUCCAUCUUUCCUCUGCUUGCCUUUGUCACAACAGAUCGAAGCCCCGCGCGGCAUCUCACUUCCUAUCAUCCAUUGUCCUAUCUUCUUCCCGUUUGUCCAUACGAGUCACUGCUUGUGUUAGCAUCUCAACACCAACCUAAAAAACGUGUAACUCCAUCACAAACAGCCCCCACACUAUCCUUGGCCAGUUGACCCAUACCCUUUUGCCAUUGCUGUCUUCCUCGUGAUAAUGGGGGACCUCGCCAAUGAUAUAAAUGGCUUCAUAACCCAGCACAACGCGAUGAGAGGACAACGUCAUACACGGGAUGCUAUCCCUGCCAUGAUCCCAAGUUAUUAUGCCCCAAGCUUGAUGCUCUCAGAGAGAGACAACAAUGGCACUCCUACUCAGAGCAUCAGCAUGUCAACCGCCAGCAGCUCGACAUUCAUGUCUUCCUGCUUUGACAGACCAACGCCUCAAACCUCUUCGGUUUACACAGAACCUCCUCCUGUUACCACUGUACCCCAGUCGCAGCCAUAUGUGACACCAUCGUUACUCACAUGUGAGUUCCUCGGCUUCGGGGACUGCGAUUUCGUGUUCGACUUGAAUGAUGAAUCCCGCUGGAUUGCGCACAUUACGGAUUUCCACCUUCGCAACAUCUUCCCAACGGUGUGUAUCUGCUGGUUCUGUGACCGUACAUUCAGAUCAUCCUCCCACGACCAAGCUGAUGCUGAGGCCUGCUAUCGGAAGCGCAUGCAUCAUAUUGCAAAGCACUUUCGCAACGGUCUCUCGGGGCGGCAGAUGCGUCCAGACUUCUUCCUUCUUGAUCACUUAUACCAGAACCGGUUGAUUGAUGAAGAGAUGUAUCAGAGAGCAAGAGCCUAUCACGAAGCGUCUCAGGUCCAGAUUCAGAACUUAUACCCUGCUGGCUGGAGGCCAGAUCACCGCAAUCAGGAGCCGGCGGUGGUGGAAGCCAGUCGGUCAAGGCAUCGGGGGCCGUCGAAUCUGAAUCGUGCGUCACAGGGAUACUAUCGUUGAGCGGAGGGUUCGUCCGUCACUCGACGGGCUUCCCUCCUUCUUCAGUUGCUCUGAUACCCUAAAGUCUCGACUCCAAGAAUGACUAAGUAUCAGGAAAUAGCCUGAGGUAAUGUAAGACAUUUUUAUUUUGUUCUUGGUCCUUCGUUGGUCGAUUCGUGACAUUGAGAAGGAAAGGCUUUUGUCAUCCUGUUUUCUGGUUAGAGUAUUAGCAGGGAAUGUCAGCCUUUUCGAAUGGCUUCUCGAGGAUAUGUCAUCGCAGAUCAGAAUACGAGAGUUCUGCCGCCUGAGGUAAAUGAACGUUCGCCCUUUAGGUGCGAGGACGUUGAUGGUUUGUGGGCAUCGGGAACAUGCUGCUAUACCGAGCACAGUGCUUGUAUCGAUACUGGUGGGUGAAGACGGAUAUUUAAACCCCAACUCCCAACAAGGAAAUUAGUUGAAUGAGUAACAUUGCAAAUGAAAAUAAACGUGAAAAUCAGUCACAGACUAG